CAUCUUGAGUUACAAUCGACUUCGGUGCAUUCCAGUCCACGCGUUCAAUGGGCUCAGGUCUCUUCGAGUGCUGACACUCCAUGGAAACGAUAUUUCCAGUGUUCCUGAAGGUUCUUUCAAUGACCUCGUAUCCCUGUCCCAUCUGGCUCUGGGUACCAACCCUUUGCACUGCGACUGCAACCUCCGCUGGCUCUCCGAGUGGGUGAAGGCUGGGUACAAAGAGCCAGGGAUAGCCCGCUGCAGCGGGCCGGACGCCAUGGUGGACAGGCUGCUGCUCACAACACCGACUCACCACUUCCAGUGCAAAGAGCCGGUAGAUAUCAGUGUUGUGUCCAAGUGUAGCCCCUGCCUCUCCAAUCCAUGUAAGAACAAUGGGACUUGCAACAACGAUCCAGUGGACUUUUAUCACUGCACUUGCCCUUUUGGCUUCAAGGGUCGAGACUGCAGUGUGCCCAUUAAUUCUUGCAUUCAAAAUCCAUGUCAGAAUGGAGGGACCUGCCAUCUCACCGAGGCAAAUAAAGAUGGAUUCAG